GCAUCGUCAACAACCCACCUUCAGUUAAAAAUAUAUACAGCUCUCUCCACACUACUCAAACUAUCCAUUGUUCAGAAACCGUCAUUCUCUAAAUAUCGCUUGUGCUGCCGAAUUACAAUAACGGCAAAUAGCUAUUUAUUAUUAUUUAUUCGAUUUGAUUAAACUAUACCUUACCACCGAAUUAAGUGUAUCUUAAUAAUGAGUUGAGCCGAAUAAAAAUAAUAAAUAGAGCAGAAGACACAGCGGCUGAGUGCAUUUGGUUUGUUUUGGCUUUUUGUGUGAGAUCAAGCGGGUCCGGGUUUUCGGAUGGUUCAAAAAAAUCGGUCCGGUUUGGAGUGUGUGUGCAGCUGGGAGGCCGGAGGAGUUAGUUGAGUGCCAACUGCCAGACAGAGAUGCAUUUGAGCGUUGUGUUGUUCUCUUUCUCGCCUUGCUUCAUCAUUUCAUCGCAUUGGUGACAGUUCCACUGGCUGGACGAGAAAUAAUUUCGUGUGAACUUGAACUGUAGAAAAUUUCGAAUGUUUUUUAUCGGUGGCAAAAUUUAAAGUUUUUAAACUCGAUAUAAUCCAAGCCGUCCAGUCACCCACCAGCAUAAUUGUUCCAUCGGAGAAGAGGACGGUGUCGGUAUACAUACUCAAUUAAAUAUGGGAAUUUAAUCCAUUCGACAUCAUACGCGCAAAUCAAAGUUGCUUGCAAAUGCCUCCAGAGAGGCUCCAAAAAUUCGAGAUGCAUUCGAAGUCGUCAUACAUCUUCAUCAUCUUAUUAUCCAUGUGCUAUGCUCAAUCCACGUCAACUUCAGCACCUGUCGUUUCGGAACAACCCAAUAAGGAACCAAUUCCAAACGUCUUUUUACCAGCAUCAAAUAUUAACCCAGCCGUUCAACCAGCCGUGUUGGGCGAAAAUGAAUCGGUGAUUCCAACACCUCAAGCCCAAACGCAAUUUCGAGAUCGGCCACCCUUCUCUAAUACAAACUCCUUGGAAGAUGAUAGAAUUCGAGAACGAGAGAGAGAAAGGGAACGUGAGAGGGAAAGGGAGCGAGAACGAGACCGGAAUCUGGAAAGGGACAGAAACCGAGAGCGGAAUCAGAAUCAGUUUCCCUUCGGAUCCAAUCAAAAUUCAAACACUGGUCAAGAUUCAGGACUACCCUUUGGCCGACCUACUCUACCAAGACCCCAAGAUCCCAGAGAUCCUUUUUCUGGUCCCACUACAACAAAUAGAAAUGGGGACCGUCAACGAUUUCCAGAUACUCCGCAACGGUUUCCUGACACUUCUCAACGGUUUCCAGAUACUUCUCAGCGGUUUCCAGAUACGUCCCAGCGGUUUCCUGAUACUUCUCAACGGUUUCCUGAUAACUCCGUCUUCAAUCAAAGACCAUCAACAUCUCUAAACCCUGCAUUUAACAGUCCUUUCGGUUUUAAUUCAGGAUUUAGAGGAACCGUUAUUCGAGAACCGCGGUAUUUCGUAGUCGCCAGCAAAAUGGUUCGACCCGGUCAAAUUUAUAGAGUUUCGGUGACCGUUUUCCAAACCCAAACUCAGACCCAAGAAAUUGAAGUUCGUGCUUCGCUCCUCCGAGAUGGAGUAGAUCUUGGUUCCGAUACUAAAGUCUGUCAACCAAACAUCCCCGAAACACUCAUGAUAAGAGUACCAAGAACAAGUAUUUCCGGGGAUUACAGACUCCGAGUGGAAGGAAAUGAUAACGGAUUGGUUGGCGGAACUGCUUUCGUAAAUGAAACAGAACUACGAUUUUCAGAGAGGUCGAUGACAAUCUUUAUCCAAACUGACAAACCCGUGUAUAUGCAAGGACAGACAGUGAGAUUUCGUGUGGUGCCGAUCAAUACUGCUCUGAGGCCGUUUGACGAUGCUGUGGACGUUUACAUGAUAGACCCAAGAGGAAAUAUUGUGAGAAGGUGGUUAUCACGUCAGUCCAACUUUGGUGCAGUUAGUUUAAAUUACACAAUGUCGGAUCAGCCAAUGUAUGGAAAUUAUAGCAUUCGAGUGCAUGCGUUGCAACAAGUGGAAGAAAAACAAUUUUUCGUUGAAGAAUAUUACCAACCAAGAUUUGAGGUCAAUGUGACUAUGCCAGCAUUUUUAUUCGUCAGCGAUAACUACGUGGGUGGCAUUAUUGUGGCCAAUUUCACGAGUGGAGCUCCUGUUCGUGGGAAUUUGACAAUUAAAGCAACGAUGCGUCCAAUUGAUGAAAGACUUGCUCCGACGUUUAGAACCUCUUUGUAUGAUCCAAUACUGCAUCAAUAUAUUCCCAAUUUUGAAGGCUAUUAUGAGUUCCGCUUCGGUAUGUGGGAAAUCGAACGAAGUGUCCCUCAACUUGAUAAUAUUGAAGUCACUAUCACUGCCCAAGUUGGAGAUUACUAUUGGAACGAAAUAAUUGAGGGUUACUCAAAAGCUAGAAUUUACAAUUCAAGUUUGAAACUACAAUUUCUCGGUGGUAGCCCUCAAGUCUUCAAACCAGCGAUGCCCUACACUUGCUAUAUUACAGUCUCGUAUCACGAUGGCUCACCUUUAACACUCUCUCGAUUGCUUUCCAGUAAUUUGGAAGUACAGCCUGAAGCAAUGACAAGAGGGGGUGGGCGAAGACGUUUAGAACCACGGAGUGUCGUAAUGGUUCCUGAGCAUCCAGGCAUUUGGAAGGUUACUUUUGAUUUGAAAAAGGAGCUUGGUGGUACAAUUAAAACGCGUCAAUCCACACAAUUGAUUAAUGAUGUUCAAUCAAUAAGAGUCGUCGCCGUCUUCACUAACCAGCUACAAGAGACUGCUACAGCAGAAGUACUUGCCGUUGCUCACCAUUCUCCUAGAAAUCGGCAUAUUAGUGUUACUUCGUCAACCAGUUCCCCCAAGGUUGGAGAAUACAUUGUGUUUCAUGUCCGUGGGAAUUUUUACAUGGAUCGAUUUACAUUUCUCAUCAUGUCCAAAGGGGUUAUUCUUCUUAGCGGUAGUGAAGUCAUGGAUGCAUCUUUGAGGACCUUUGCAAUUUCUGUGUCUCCAGAAAUGGCUCCAGCUGCUACAAUAAUGGUUUAUCAUGUUUCAAAAUAUAUGGAAGUCGUUGCUGACUCUCUAACUUUCCCUGUGAACGGAAUUUCCAGAAAUAAUUUUACCGUCAAAAUAAACAAUAAAAAAGAGAAAACCAACAACCUCGUAGAGAUAAUUAUUCGGGGUCAACCUGGCGCUUUUGUUGGUUUGUCCGGAAUUGAUUCUGCGUUUUAUACUAUGCAAGCAGGAAAUGAAAUCUCUUACAGCGAAAUUUUGGAAAAAAUGAUAAAAUUUGAUGAAGAUUCGAAUGGAACUUUAACUCACAAAUGGAUUUCAAGAGAUGGAUUCCCGGAUGAGAUUGCCUACUUCCCCUCUCAUUCAUUUGGAAUAGACGUCAAUAGAACCUUUGAGUAUUCCGGUUUAGUUGUUUUUAGCGACAUUGUACUUCCGCGACGUCUGGAAUUUUGUAAUGAGACCGCUGGGCAAUAUGCAUGUCUAACCGGAAAUCAGUGUUAUCAUAUAGAACGGAAGUGCGAUGGGCUACGGGAUUGUGUCGAUGGAACUGAUGAAAGCAACUGUGCAUGGUUCAACGCAACUGAUUUGGUUCACUUUAAGCUUCAUCGGUUUAACCGGCUUCAGAGAUUGUAUGACAAUACUUGGCUGUGGAAAGACAUAAACAUUGGACCACACGGUCAUUUCAUUGUUACCGUUCCUGUUCCCGAACGACCAGCCUUGUGGAUGGUUUCUUCGUUUGGUGUUAGCACUAAAUCAGGCUUUGGACUCUUAAGAACCCCAAUAAUUUAUUCUGGAGUCCGUCCACUUUUCAUGAAUGUGGAGAUGCCACACACCUGCAGACAAGGAGAGCAGAUUGGAAUACGCAUAACUGUGUUCAAUUACAUGCACAGGGAUAUUGAAGUAAUGGUGGUGCUGGCCAAUUCUCCAUACUACAAGUUCAUUCAUGUUGAAGCUUAUGGCAGUGUUCAGUCGUACAACCCUCGAACAUCUACUGGAGAACACCAACAUUUAGUGUGGAUUAGAGCUCAAGACGCAGUUCAAGUGCACAUGCCAAUUGUGCCAACCAUUUUGGGGGACGUGAGCGUUUCCAUUCGUGUCGUCGCCCAAAUUGCCCAAGACCAAAUUACAAAGAUUAUUCGAGUUGAACCUGAUGGGGUGCCACAAUACAGACAUACCUCAGUGCUACUUGAUCUCAGUAGUCGUGCCUUUGUUUUGCAGUACAUGCACAUCAAUGUAACAGAGUCCCCAAUUAUUCCGUACGACUUUGACCGAUACUAUGUAUACAGCUCUAAUUUAGCCGAGAUUACUGUGGUUGGAGAUGUUGUUGGUCCUGCUUAUCCCACUAUGCCUGUCAAUACCUCCACGUUAUUGACCAAACCAAUGGAAUCCGCCGAGCAAAACAUGUUUAGCUUCGCUGCUAAUCUAUACACAUUGAUGUAUUUGAGAUUGACAAAUCAACGGAACAAAACGGUUUAUCGUGAAGCAUUCCACAAUUUAAAUGUUGGUUAUCAGAGACAACUAAGCUUUCAAAACGAAGAUGGGUCCUUCGGGAUGUGGAGACAAGACACACAGCCUCCAUCGCGGAGGAACAACUCAAGUCCAAGCGUCUGGGUCACCGCAUACUGCUGUCGAGUAUUUUCAGAAGCCAGUUUUAAUGAGUGGGAGAACUUUUUAUUUAUAGACCCGAAUGUCAUCGCAAAAGGAAUUUCCUGGCUUUUACAAUAUCAAACUGAAGAGGGAUCAUUUUAUGAAGUUUCUCCGUAUGCUAAUCGAAAGCUCAAUGAUACCAUAAUAUCGAAUGGAUAUGCAUACUCCCCAAACAUAACACUUACGGCACACGUUUUGAUUGCAUUACACAAUGUCAAAGAUUUGCCAGGGGUGAUUGGCCCCCGGUUAGCUGUAGCGCGACAAAAAGCAGUGAAUUAUCUCGAAAUAAAAAUUGAUUCUAUGCGGUAUGGCUCCCGUCCAUAUGAAAUUGCUGUGGUCACUUAUGCCUUGAUGUUAAAUAAAAGUCCAAAGGCAGAUUCUGCUUUCAUAAUACUUUCUGAACACGCACAAUUUGAAGGUGGGCUGGCUUAUUGGGGACGGGAGAAAGUUCCAGUUCCUGACUUCAAAUUAGAAAAUAAUAAACCAUUUCUGUUACCCCGACUUCCCCACAAAUAUGAUUCGGAGAAUAUUGAGGCCACAGCCUACGCAUUGCUUGUCUACGUGGCAAGACAAGAACUAGUUUUUGUGGAACCAAUUGUUAAAUGGCUCAACACUCAAAGAUUGUACGAUGGGGGGUGGGCUUCGACUCAGGACACGGCAACCGCCAUGCGUGCGUUAAUUGACUACACAAUACGGUCAAACAUAAGGAAUGUCACCGAUUUAAGUGUAACAAUCGAAGCCGUUUCAGUACCUGACAGAGUUACAACUUUUAGAAUCAAUUCUGAUCAUUUGGCAACACCUCAGAAGCUCCAUAUCAAUCCAGCAUACGGUACGGUGAAAGUUCAAGCGAAAGGUGCUGGAUAUGCAAUUCUGCAAAUGCAAGUUCAAUAUGGGGUUGACAGGGCGCGAUUUGUAACUGACCCACCAGUCAAAGCUUUCAGCUUGCAAACUUAUGGCAAGUUCCACGGAAGAAACGCUUCAUACAUUGAAUAUACAUCUUGUCAGAGCUGGACGUAUCUAGAAGAAUCUGAAAGAUCUGGAAUGGCUGUUUUGGAAGUAAAAAUACCCACUGGGUAUUUUAUACUGCAGACAAGAUUGGAUGAAUAUGUUCUCUCAGGUCUUGUUCCAACCCUUCGAAGAGCUAAAUAUUUUCAUGACAAAGUCGUAAUAUAUUUCGAUUAUUUGGAGAUCAACCCUACUUGCGUAAAUUUUACUUUGGAGCGGUGGUUUCCUGUUGCAAAUAUGACGAGAUAUCUGCCAGUUCGUGUUUAUGACUAUUAUGCACCAGAGAGGUUUAAUGAAACAAUAUUUGAAGCCUUUGACGUAUUUAUUCUCGACAUCUGUCAAGUAUGUGGAUCGUACAUGUGCCCAUAUUGUCCAAUCUUUGCGUCAAGUUGUAUCUUCAAUCCUUCUAUAUCUGUGAUUUUAACAUCUACAACGUUCAUCUACUUAUUCUCAUGUUUCUUAUUCUCACCAAAUUAGCGAAUGAUCAAUGUGUUGGAAUCAACAAUGAUCUUAUAACGUAACUGAAUCUUUCUACAUGUUUUGCAAGGCUGAAUAAUUAAACAUGUCCUACAUAAAUACUUGAAGACUUGAAAGACUAUCACGAUUAUUGUUAAGGAGCGUGUACGCCACAAAAUUAUAUUUAAACAUACAUACAUAUGCAAAAAAUUAAUCAAUAAAUACACCACCUAUUUAGUAUUAAUAAUGUUUUUUACGUUGCACUAGCGUAACAAAUGACUAUACAGUAUUUCUGAUACUUUUUUAUAUUGUAUGUAAAAGCUAUGCUACUAUGAUUGUUAUGUAGAUUUUAACAGAGAAAGUGACCUGACAAAUGAAUUUUUCAUCACGGUGUAUAUGACUUUAAACGUUGGUUGUUUUUAAAUUAUUUUCGUCCAUAGUUUGAGCUUUAUUAGAUAAUUUAUUUGACAAUUAGAUUUUGGGCGGUAGUACUUAUAAAUACGUGGAGCUGACAAAAAUUAUGUAUGACGAUGGUGCCAUACCAUAAUAUUUCUAUCUUAAUUUUAAUAUCACUUAAUGGGUUGUGUUUUGUUAUUUAAGCCUUAAACUUAUUGUAGUCCUUUAUAAGCUCUUUGGUACUUUAAUGUCAUUUCAGUCAACAACACCCGAUGAUAAAAAUACGAUUUCUGUAUAGUCUUAAGGUUGAAUUUGAAGUGCAUACAUAAAUAUUUAGAGUAUAUGUUCUUCCUGAUGCGAAUGGGAGGAAAAAGCUUUUGUAUUGAUGUAAAACCGUACAAACGAAGUGUUCAGAGUUUUUGUAGAUUGAAAUAAACAAAGUAUUCACAUAUAAUCCA